CUCCUGAUCAAUGGCAGGUGGGGUAGUAAUGGAGAGGGAAACAAUAUGGAAAGCUCAUUCAACAUUAGCAGUAGUCCAGAUAUUAUAUGGAGGUUAUCAUAUCAUAUCAAGUGUUGCUCUCAAAGCUGGAAUCAAUCAAAUUGUAUUCUGUGUUUGUCGUGAUCUUAUUUCUCUCUCAUUACUUGCACCCAUUGCUUACUUUCGUGACAAAAGAAUUCUUCUUCCUCCUAUCAAUUCUAGUCUCCUCAUCUCUUUCUUCUUCCUUGGAUUAACUGGGGUAUUUGGGAAUCAGCUGUUGUUUUUAAUGGGUCUUGGCUAUACAAAUCCAACUUCCGCUGCUGCUGUUCAACCUGCAACUCCUGUGUUUACUUUUGUUUUUGCUGCUUUUAUGGGUACUGAAAAAGUGAAUUUGCUAAAGACUGAAGGCCAACUGAAGGCGGGUGGCACACUGGUAUGUGUUUCUGGAGCUAUACUAAUGGUUUUGUUUAAAGGUCCAGCUAUAUUCGGAAACAAUGUUAGCGAGUUGUUGCACGGUGAAGCGACAAAUGAAAUAAUAGCCCGAGCGCAUCAAGAACCUGCUGGAUGGUUUAUAUCUGAUUUGUUGGAUAUUGGCCUUACCAAGUUUCACAUUGGGAUGUUCUGCUUAAUUGGGAACUGCUUUUGCGUGGCUGCUUAUCUAUCCUUACAGGCUCCGCUGCUACUUAAGUAUCCGGCCAGCUUAUCAAUGACUGCAUACUCACAAUUUUUUGGUACAAUGUUAAUGGUUAUUGCUGGAAUAUCUGCAACGGAUGGAAAUACUGUCUGGACUUUGACGCAAUCUGAGUUACUCGCAGUUCUAUACGCUGGAAUUGUUGCAUCUGCUGUUAAUUAUGGAGCCACGACAUGGUCGAACAAGAUUUUGGGACCGGCACUGGUAGCUCUUUGUAUGCCACUUCAACCUUUUGCAUCUGCAUUGUUGUCCAAGAUUUUCCUCGGAAACGCCAUUUAUCUUGGAAGCAUCAUAGGUGGAUCUCUUAUCAUUGCUGGACUAUAUAUGGUUACUUGGGCAUCUUACAGAGAGAGACAAGAGGCAAUAGGGACAAUCAAUCAUGUCAAUCCGGUCGUGGUGGAACCUCUCCUCACAAACAUUUACCCCUGAACAAGGGUUCAUAUUAAAAAAGACAUGCGUUUCCAGGGUCAUCUACCACAUCCCCAGAAGCCUUGGGCUGCGAAACAAGAAGCACCGGGAGAUUCUUCUACUUGUUUGCUUUCUAUACAAACCCACGUCCCAAAAUUAUUUCUCGUUUUUUCCAUCUUUGAAGUUGGACUUCAUGCUUCAAUAUAAGAUAAAAUGGCAGUUAAUAUUAUUUUAUAGCUCGAAACU